CCGUCCCAGCAGCGACUCGUCGUCCCAGCACAGCGCUAAAGCAGCGAUGCUUCACAUGCCCGCUUGGACUUUUCGGACGUUGUUUUAACGCCAAAUGGAGACGGGAUUGCUUUGCUAAAUAUAUGUGUAUAUUUUGCUCGGCGAAAUUUGGAAAACAUGCAGAAGAAGCUGACGGACACCCAGAGUCCUCUAUUGUCAUCAUCGAGGGCGUCGUCUUUUUUCAUCGAGAAUCUACUGGCGCCGGGGCCACACGAGCGGGAUUCCCCUUCUGAAAGCGGCCGAUGUGGAGCUGCGUUGCGGGCGGACUCGGUCAGCCCGGUCUCGCACGCGCGGGGCGGCGUCAUGUUUACGCCGGCGCCGGAUGGCUGCGGCGGCUCGGCCUCGUCCCUCUGCACGGAGCCGCUGGUAAACUGGUACGCCGGGAACGCGGGCUUGCUCUGCAGAGCUUUGGACGCACCGGGCAGUCCAUCUGUGAACACGAGGUGCGAGGACAACUGCUGCUCGGUGUCGACCAGUGACAGAAGUUCCCCCGCCGUAUCCGAACCGAUCACAGACGACAGCUAUGAGUCGGACAGGAAAUUAAGCGAUGGCAACUUGAUUGGCGACCACGACGAGGCUCAAAGUGGCUUCGAUGCGCCCUCUGACUCGAAUCGGACCCGGAAGAAGAAAACCCGUACUGUGUUCAGCCGAAGCCAGGUUUUCCAACUGGAGUCCACCUUCGACGUGAAACGGUACCUGAGCAGUUCGGAGCGGGCCGGCCUGGCCGCGUCGCUCCACCUAACAGAGACCCAAGUCAAGAUCUGGUUCCAGAACCGCAGGAAUAAAUGGAAAAGACAACUGGCGGCGGAUCUUGAGGUUGUACACAUUCCUAACCCGAAUCAGAGGGUGGUCAGAGUCCCCAUUUUGUAUCACAGCGGACCCGGAGCCGGCUCCGCACUGGCUUUUAACUUGAACGGACAUCAGGUCUUCUCCAACUCCAUCACUUACCCCUUGUCCUCCUUGGCUCACUCCAUGAGCAUACUGAGGUCGCAGAUGAGCGGCUUGGUGUAAAGACAUAUCAAAGUAUAUUUUGCCAUUACGGUGCAAUAGCACGCAAUGUCGCGGGCAAUCGCUGAUAGCGUCAGAAGGAAACAUGUGACACAAAGUGAACUCAUGUUUGUGUAUUCAGUGUGCGUUUGUUUGCUACUGUCGGCAAAUAAUAACUUGUAAACGGAGUGCAAUGUACUCUGUUAAGCUAUUAACUAUUUUUUGCCAAACUUUUAUAAAAGAAAACACACACACACACACGCACGCACGCAGGCACGCGCACACAUUUUCAAUUUCAUCAUUUUUUCGCCCCACUCAAUAAAUGGAUAAAAAUACUGAUUCUUUUUUCUGUGUAUGGUCAGUGAUUAAAAUAUACCCAAUUUAUUAAAACAAAGUAAAUAGCAAAGAUUUGGGAACGCCAAAACGUCAAUGCUAUUCUGUACAUUUUUUUAACGUUACAAAUCAGACUCGUUGUUUCAAUCGUUUUUGACUGCAGAAUUAAAUUUAUCAAAAAUUAUCAACAGGUAAAUAACACCCAAACGCAAGUGGGCUCUUGAGCCUACUUCAUUCUUUUUUUUUUUAAGCGUCUGCAGUUCUGAUCGUUAUGAAUUAGGCUCAAAGUGUAGUCGAUAAAAAUGCAAUACAGUUUGAGAUUAUGAUUAUACUACACUGAGAUUAAACGUAAAACUGCAGCGGGUGUAUUACAUAGCUGGAGUUGUAAAAAAAAAUGAAAAUAAACAUUUGUGAGCAAAUAAAUCAAGAUUAAUAGCAAAAAGAUUCAGGUGAAUGCUGGUUUAUUGUCAUCCAGCAAACUAUUAUUUGAAAUCAUCACACAAUAUUUGAUCUAUCAAAAUAAAAAGUUUAAUUAAAGAGCGUCACGUGAAUGAAGUCUCAUUUUUCCGAAAUCAACCACAUCGGGCCCAACAUCCACAUUUGCACAACCAAAUGCGAUAAAGUGUGAAAUCUCAAAGGUUUGCCUUUCCAAGGACAAUAAUGCUGUUUUGACUAACACCACCAGAGAGAUAUGAAUUUAAUUGUCAUGCCUAUUCCUGUGUUUUGCACACACGAGGCCUAUUUGUAAAGAUACACGCGUGCGUGUUUCUAAUAUUUUUGGUUGCCGUAUUUACCUGCAAAACAAGGGCAAAAGUGUGAGGGAAUAUUCGUUUUUAGGCUUCUUAUUUUGAAGAGUUAUGCCGAUACACCAUCGCGCAGAGCGCAUG